UGAAUGCACGUGCAGCACAGAAAAAGACAGUAGAUCAACUUUCCCGAGAUUCUCUCCAGCAACACGGCGGACGGACGCUCACACCUUUCAUCGCAGAUAUGAAACAACUUUUAAUUCUCUUUCAGUGGAAAUCACGCUCACUGGUGGAUGUAAACGACUUUAUAUGAACUUCGCGUGAACUUGUUUCUCGGAGUUAGUUUUUUUUUCAGCUUUCAAGUUCGUCGGUUACUACUGUUGGAUUUUAAGACGAAACAUGCCGGAGAAAAUAAGCAUUUCGGAUUUCGUUUCAUUGGCGAAAGAAGACCUGUCGUCCCCUGGAAGCUCUGGAUUUCAGUCAAAAAUGAACGACUGUAGGAGCACUGUGUGCGCGCUUGAGGAGUCUUUGGAACAGGACCAGAUGUCCCUACAGCGGAUGAAGAAAAUUGUAAAGGCCAUCCACAACACUGGACUCAAUCACGUGGAGAAUAAGGAGCAGUACAUUGAGGUUCUGGAGAACCUGGGGAACAGUCACCUGACACAGGACAACGAGAUCUCCACAGGCUUCCUGAACCUUGCCGUCUUCACACGAGAGAUCACUGCGCUCUUCAAAAACCUGGUACAUAACCUGAACAACAUCAUCUCAUUCCCUCUUGAAAACAUGUUGAAGGCAGAGUUGAAAGACAGCAGGCUGGAGCUGAAAAAACAGAUGGAGAAAAGCUGGAAGGAUUAUGAUGCUAAAAUAGGGAAGCUGGAGAAGGAGAGGAGAGAGAAACAGAAACAUGGGCUGAUCCGGCUGGAAGGGACAAACACAGUGGAGGACAUGGAAAGAGAGAGGAGGAACUUCCAGUUGCAGAUGUGUGAGUACUUACUGAAGCUUCAAGAGAUGAAAGUCCGUCAAAGUCCAGACCUGCUGCAGAGCCUGAUAAAGUACUUCCAAGCUCAACUUAAUUUUUUCCAGGAUGGCCUAAAAGCUGCAGAGAAUCUUGGUCCAUUUGUGGAGAAGUUAGCAGCCUCUGUACAUAUGGUUCGGCACAAACAGGAUGAGGAAGUUAAGCAGCUCUCUCAACUGCGUGACAGUCUUCGAACAAAACUACAGGUGGAUGGCAAAGAGGAUUUUCUAAACAAGAAGAACUCUGGCCAUGGAUAUAGCAUCCACCAGCCUCAAGGCAAUAAGAAAUAUGGCACAGAGAAAUCUGGCUUUCUUCUUAAGAAAAGCGAUGGGAUCAGAAAGGUCUGGCAGAAGCGGAAGUGUGGGGUUAAAUAUGGCUGCCUCACCAUUUCACAUAGCACGAUCAACAGACCACCAGCAAAGCUCAACCUCCUGACCUGUCAGGUGCGGCCCAACCCUGAGGAAAAGAGAACGUUUGAUUUAGUCACACACAAUCGCACAUACCAUUUUCAGACUGAGGAUGAGCAGGAAUGUUUGAUAUGGGUGUCUGUGCUGCAGAACAGUAAGGAGGAGGCCUUAAACACAGCUCUCGGGGGUGAUCCACUGCAGUUUCAGGACAGUGGUCUGCAGGAGCUCGUCCGAGCUGUCAUCUCUGGCCUGAGAAAUCUGCCCGGCAAUGAGGCCUGCUGCGACUGCGGAGCUCCAGACCCCACCUGGCUCUCUACUAACCUGGGCAUCCUCACCUGUAUCGAGUGUUCAGGAAUCCAUCGCGAGCUCGGAGUACAUCACUCACGAAUUCAGUCUCUAACUCUUGAUGUGCUUAGCACCUCUGAACUCUUGCUUGCAGUGAGCAUUGGAAAUUCCAGAUUUAAUGACAUCAUGGAAGUCAACCUGCCCAAUGAUUUGAUCAAGCCCCUACCAAAGAGUGACAUGACAGCCAGGAAGGAGUAUAUUGUGGCAAAGUAUGCUGAACACCGCUAUGUUCUCCCAAAAGAACACUCUGAACCGUAUCGUGUGUAUGACACCGUUAAGAGCAAAGACCUCAUGUCACUGCUGCAGCUCUAUGCAGAAGGAAAGGACCUUUCGAAACCAGAAGCCACACCUGAAGGACAGGACCUGAAGGAGACCGCUCUUCACCUAGCCGUGCGACUGGCAGAGAAGACUUCUCUGGCUUUGGUGGACUUUUUGGCUCAAAACUGUGGCUGCCUGGAAAAGAAGACUGCAGAAGGAAACACAGCUUUGCAUUACUGUGCACUAUACAGCAAAUCAGAGUGCCUGAAACUGCUGCUCAAAGCAAAGGCUGGCCUACACACAGUGAACUCAGCGGGCGAGACUGCACUUGACAUUGCCAAGAGACUGCAGCACACACAGUGUAUUGAGCUGUUGGAAUUGGCCCACAGUGGGAAGUUUAACUGCCAGAUCCAUGUUGAAUACACGUGGGAGACUCCACAGGACAUGUAUGACAGUGAAGAUGAUCUGGAUGAUAGGGUUAGUCCGCAUCCUAAGGGUUCACGGUCUCCGCUGCCCCCUACAGGCAGUAAUGGGCACUUCUCGUCUGCUUGGAACUUUGGCAAAAGCAGUCCAGCAAGGACCUACGAGAAUAUUGACUUCCUUUAUCGUAAUCCACCCAACAACAGCGCCCCCUCUGGUGGCACAAUGCCACCUCCCCUGCCAGCUAAAUCAAUACAGAGAGGUCGAUCAGAUCCUCAGAUCUCGGUUUGUAUUCCAGAGACUCACGCACCCCACCACCAGCGUUCCCAUCCUUCUGGAUACCUUCAGAGAACCUCCCCUGUGAUGGAGCCUUCGGGACAGGCACCUGCACGUGCUCUCAGUACUGGAGCAGCGAAAGGACAGAGACAGAUGAUGUCCUGGGAGGGACAACCUUCCUCUGGGACGGAGAGCAAAAAUCACUCCACCUCUCCACAGAGUCAGAGAGGGCCUGUCAGUUCAGAGAAGACGACCUCAUAUCGGCGCACGAGCAGUGGGAGUCAGGGAAAGUGUUCGGUACCAUCUCCAGGAUGUGCAGGCAGUCAGGAGGAGUUGUACUGCUGUCCAGUGGGUGGAGCUCCCAACCCAGCCCCGCCUCCAGCUAAUGCCAAUGCCAACAUCAGUGCCACUGUGCCAAUCCUAUUGCCGCCACCUCGCUCACGCAAAAACGCCAUGAUUUCUUAUAGGCAGAGACCCAAGAAGGUCAGAGCUUUAGUGGACUGCAGAGCGGUUGGUGAGGAUCAGUUGGCUUUCUUUAAGAAUGAGGUCAUAAUAGUGAUGGCAACUGAUGACCCACACUGGUGGGUUGGCCAUAUAGAGGGAGAACCAUCCAGAAGUGGCUCAUUUCCAGUCAACUAUGUACAUCAAAUAGGAGAAUGAAUCUCUAUGAAUGUUAACAUCACACCAAGUGGACCAAGUCCACUUUAGAGCCGCUAGACAUAGAAGCUAUAGAGAUUGUAUCUGGUAUACACUUAGAGCUGAAAAGUUCAAAUACUGGAGUGGAUUGGAUGCAAUAAGCUGAUCCACUGAUCCAUUUCAGUGCUGUUCAUAAUGUAUUUCAGUUCUGUUUAUCUGGAUUGAAGGUUUUGGCAGGUAUAUUGUAAACGGCCCAUGAAUGACUGGACUUUGGAAUAGGCAGAAAAGGGAAGUAGGCCAUUCAGCUUUUGGUUGCGUUUGUGAAAGCCAAAUCUCGCUGACUUUGUUUUUCAAUUAAAAGACAGCACUUGUUAUUGAUACUGAUGUAAAAUCAUUUAGACUACAUAGAAAUUCAGAUCAUCGCAAGAAAAAAAAAGCCAAUCAGAUGCCCUUGGAGUUUGCCUGUCUGAGACUGUUGCCCAGACUGGGAGGCACUAAACUCAUUUCCUGGUGCUCUGCCUGUGGUUAGUUCAGUAACUCAGUGUAAUUGUGCUGUCUGGACAUUGUUUUAUACUGUCAGGCAUUAUGAAAUGCUAUAUAAGCUUAAUUUUGGUCAGACACUAGGUCCACCAGACUUUGAGUAAAAGACUGAGUAAUGUAUUCUGUUUUGUCUGUCUCUUGUGCACCGACGUCUCCUAUUACUGCUGAUUCCCGGACAUCCAGCCCUGAAAUUAGAUCUACGGCAAUUAACAACAUUCAGUGUGUGAAAUACUUCUCAAAUCAAUUUCCAGAAUCCUCAACUAGAACAUCAGAAUAUUAUUUGAAUGUUAAAUAUCUGACCAAAAAUAUUUUGUAGUCCGUGUUUUGCCAAAAAGCCCAGAAUUCAGUAUUCUUAAGGCCUAUAUACUUCGGUUGUUAAAAAAAUUCAGAGCACAUCAACUCAGUACAGUACAGUAGACAGUACAUACACUGUCCAGCCUUUCCAUGCACAAAAAACAGUCGACAGAUUUCAAAUAAAAACACAUUAACCCACAGCCACAUAGACAGGUAGUUUUUCAGCUCAUGUGCAUGAUUCUUAUUUUAUCUGCCUUGUUUUUGGUAGAAUCUUAAGGGAUAGUUAAAAAUUUUAAUUCCCUCAUUUACUCACCCUCAUGCCAUCCCAGAUGUGUAUGACUUUACUUCUACUGCUGAACACAAAGGAAGUUUUUUAGAAAAAUAUCUCAG